CAUCUAAUCUAUACUAAGAGAUAAAGACAGUUCAUCAGUUAAUAUCAAAAUCAUAAUUCUCACCUAAGACAAUCCUAAUCCUAAUCCAAAAUAUCUCUAUCCAUUAAAAUAAUAUCAUUGCCAAAAUACAGCGAGAGCCAAAACUAGAGCCAGUAAUGACUGAGCCAAGCAAGGAAGCAGUGUGUGUGACUGGAGCCAACGGGUUCAUCGGCUCAUGGCUGGUCCAGACCCUUUUGACCACCGGCUACACUACCAUUCACGCCACCAUCUACCCUGGCUCUGACCCAUCUCAUCUCUUUACUCUCCAAGCUGCCUCCAAAGCCAACCUCAAAGUCUUCGAGGCUGACCUUCUAGAUGACGUGGCAGUUUCAAGGGCAGUGGAGGGCUGCAAGGGGGUCUUCCACGUGGCAUCUCCUUGUACCUUGGAAGAUCCCCAGGAUCCACAAAAGGAACUUGUGUUGCCUGCUGUACAAGGUACUCUUAAUGUGUUGGAGGCUGCUAAGAAGUUCAAGGUGAGGCGUGUGGUGCUCACGAGCUCUAUUUCUGCUCUUGUGCCUAACCCCGGUUGGCCUCAAGAUAAAGUGUUUGAUGAGACUUCGUGGACUGACCUUGAUUAUUGCAAGUCUCGUCAGAAAUGGUAUCCAGUGUCAAAGACAUUGGCAGAGAAAGCAGCAUGGGAAUUUGCUGAGAAGAAUGGGAUUGAUGUUGUGGCUAUCCACCCAGCUACAUGUCUAGGUCCACUUCUGCAACCUUAUUUGAAUGCGAGCUGUGCUGUGUUACAGCAGUUGUUGCAGGGUUCAAAAGAUACUCAAGAGUAUCACUGGUUGGGAGCUGUGCAUGUCAAAGAUGUUGCAAAGGCGCAAGUGUUGCUAUUUGAGUCUCCUGCUGCUUCUGGUAGAUAUCUUUGCACCAAUGGUAUCUAUCAGUUUGGUGAAUUUGCUGAAAGAGUCUCCAAACUCUUCCCUAAAUUUCCGGUUCACAGAUUCAAUGGGGAAACUCAACCAGGUCUGGUUUCUUGCAAAGAUGCAGCCAAGAGAUUAAUGAAUCUGGGACUUGUUUUCACACAAGUUGAAGAUGCUGUUUCUGAGACAGUUGAAAGUCUUAAAGCUAAAGGCUGCCUGGUGCAGAAAAUGUCACAUUCUUAAGCCGUUUUCUCUUUUAUUUUUGUGGGUUGAGGUGGGGACCUGUGUUUUGAUUACUCAAGAUCUUUUCUGAUUCAUUUCACAAUGUAAUUAGUUGUCAGCAAUAAUGAAAAUAAUAAAAACAUGUCCGUUUUCUGAUAAAUUAA